ACACAGGCCAGUGAAAUAUCAUGUUUCAAAAACAAACAAACAAACAAAACAUGGUAGAGGCUUAGUGAAUGAAGAUCUUUAAGACCCACGUGGUGGAAGGAGAGAGCCAACUCCUGCAAGUUGUCGUCUGACCGUGACAUGCAUGUUCACAUAUGUACAUACAUACAUGGUUUAAGAAGUGAAAGAAGCCAAGCAUGUGACAUACCCCUGGACUUCCUGCACUCCAGUGGUGGAGACAGGAGCAUGGAGAACCCAAAGCCCACUCUUAACUUGGGUUACGUAGUGAGACUUUGUCUCAGAACCAAUAAGCUGUUGUGGAGCAGAAGGGGGAGGGAUGCUGGACAGCUCCUGUCAGUGAGCUCCCCUGCUCUGAACACCUCAAAUGAUGCGACCAAUGGCCAGGGCGAAGGCCAGUCAAAUAAAAGGUACUGCCUGGGAUAUGGAAGAAAAGAGCCAUACAGAGAUGGAGUAAGGGGCCAGUUCCACCAUACAGAGAGCCGCUAUAAGGCCAACGGGACAGACUUGGGAGGGAGACAGGGACAUCACUGCUUCGAUUGUUUUCCCAGCCAGGGGAGAGGGCAAGAGUGUGGUAUGAUCAUCUAGUUUCCUUGAGGGGACUAGAAUGUGGGGCUCUCCCAGCUGUUAUACCCACUCCUGCAGAAGGACCCCAUUCCCUUCACGCCUCCAUAGUCCCCUAUCCCUUCCUCUUCCCUCUCUAUCCCUCCACAUUUUUGCCCUUCUCACCUAUUUCCUCUCCUGCCUACCCCCCAACACACCCCCUUUGGCACCUCUGGCCCUGCAGCCUCCUUACCCAGCAGCAGGACCACAUGAUGGUGGUAAAAAUAGCUCCUUUCAUCAGAGUGUGAAUGGAGGGGGCAGAGGCAGGAGACAAGGCUGGGCCCCCAGUGCUAGGGAAGGGCCCUUGGGAAAUGUAGGCUCCUGGUCCCCUCCCUGCUCAGUCAUACAGUUGCUCAGAUGGGUCACCUCAGUCUCAGGCUCUAUCAUCCCAAACAUACACCGAGAGCCAGCAGCCGCAAAGCAGUGUGACACAGCUCUCAAGAGGUGUGUGCCUGCUGUCCCCAGUAGGUGGGGACUUCUCUGAGUCCCUAUGCCUGGACCACCAUGGCAUGUGCAGGGCCAGCCAGUGGGCGACAGCGGGUGAGCAUGCAGGAACACAUGGCCAUCGAUGUGAGCCCUGGCCCCAUUCGGCCCAUCCGCCUCAUUUCCGACUACUUCCCACACUUCUACCCCUUCCUGGAGCCGGUGCUGCGAGCCCCAGAUCAGCAGACAAUGCUGGCCCCAGCAAUCCACUCUGCAUCCCAGCUGCAGCCCAACCCUGAGCCUGAAGGAGACUCGGAUGACAGCACUGCCCUAGGCACCCUGGAGUUCACACUUCUCUUUGAUGCGGACAACAGCGCCCUGCACUGCACAGCCCAUCGUGCUAAGGGCCUCAAGCCACCAGCUGCAGGCUCUGUGGACACCUAUGUCAAAGCCAACUUGCUGCCAGGAGCCAGCAAGGCCAGCCAGCUUCGGACCCGCACUGUUCGAGGCACCAGGGAACCUGUCUGGGAAGAGACACUCACCUAUCAUGGUUUUACGUGCCAGGAUGCUGGACGGAAGACCCUGAGGCUAUGUGUAUGUGAGGACUCACGGCUGCGGCGCCGGAGGCGAGCACCCCCCUUGGGGGAGUUACGAGUGCCCCUGAGGAAGUUGGUGCCAAACCGAGCCAGGAGCUUUGACAUCUGUCUGGAGAAGCGGAGGCUGACCAAGAGGCCCAAGAUCCUGGACACAGCCCGUGGCAUGUCUCUGUAUGAGGAGGAGGAGAUGGAGGCAGAGGUGUUUGGGGAGGAACGUGGACGCAUCCUACUGUCCCUGUGCUACAGCUCCGAGCGUGGUGGCCUGCUGGUGGGUGUGCUACGCUGUGCCCACCUUGCUCCCAUGGAUGCCAAUGGCUACUCGGACCCCUUUGUCCGCCUCUUCCUGCAUCCAAGUUCUGGGAAGAAAUCCAAAUAUAAGACCAGUGUUCGGAGGAAGACCCUGAACCCUGAGUUCAAUGAGGAAUUCUUUUAUGCAGGUCUUCGGGAGGAGCUGGCCCAGAAGGCACUGCUGGUGUCUGUGUGGGACUAUGACCUGGGCACAGCUGAUGACUUCAUUGGUGAGCAGAAACACAGGGUGCAGGAGGGAGCCUCCCGAGCUCUGAGGGUUACUAACCCAUCCCUUGGCAGGUGGGGUGCAGCUGAGUGGCAGAGCCAGUGGGGAACGCCUGCGCCACUGGCGGGAGUGCCUAGGCCACUGUGACCGCCGGUUGGAACUGUGGCACCUGCUGGACAGUGUGCCCCCCCAACUUGGUGACUAGUCAGCACAGGCCCUGCUUGUAACUGGUUCAGGAGCCAAGAUGUCUGUUGCAUCUGAAAAGAGCUCCAGGUUAUCCCGUCUGCUAUGCAUUCUUGUCUCCUUCCAGUCAUGUAACCCCCAAACACAAAGCAAAAUAAAUACCUGCUUCUGCCAGCU